CAAAACUUUCACAUUCUUCACAAUUUAACAACUUCAAACAUCAACCAAAAAACCCAAAUCUGUCCAAGCUCAAAAAAUCAGUUGGCACCAAGAACUCAGAAACAAUGGCUUCAGUCACCAUGACAUACUCCUUCCUUGGUGGUGCGUGCUUGGCCGACCGCUCUCCCGCGGCAGCCGCCAGGCGGAGGCUGGUGGUGGUCAACUCGGCCAGGGCGGCAGCCGCCGAGGGGGAGAAGGUGAAGCUGAACUAUGAUGCCAAGAAGGAGGCCAACAAUGGGAGGAGGGAGCUGGUGUUUGCUGCUGCAGCUGCUGCUGUUUGCUCUGUUGCAGGUAUUGCCAUGGCGGGUGAGCCAAAACCCGGGACACCGGAGGCCAAGAAGAUCUAUGCUCCGAUCUGUGUCACCAUGCCGACAGCAAAGAUCUGCCACAAGUGAGGAUCAUGUGUUUGUUUGUGGUUUUUCUUGAUUGGUUGGAGUUGAACGUCCUAUUGUAGUAUGUACUUGGAACCUUGAAUUGUGAAGACCUUGUUUCAUCUAUUUUUCUAGCUUCUUUAUCA